AUGGAAUAUGUAGAAUGGGUAAAUGAGGCUUGCCAAGCAUUCGAAGAUGCUUUAAACCAGGGAAACGUAGAAACAGCAAAUUAUAUGGCUUCACAAUUAAUGCAAUAUGAUGCUAAAAUUCAAGUCGCUCUAGAUUUAACUUCCCCUCCACCUAUCUCUGUUAUUCCAUCUACCCCUAAUUAUAAUCAAAAGCCAGCCCAAAAUCAAGCUCCAAGAGGGCCAAUAUAUACUAAAGCAAAUUCUCAGCAAAGAUCAAUCAAUAGCAUUGAUAAAGCUAAUCUUAAAGAACAAUUAGUGAGUAUGGGCUAUUCCCCAAUUAUAGCUCAGCAAGCAGCAAAAAGAUUUUGCAAUAUUGAGGAUGCUCUUAAUUGCCUAUCAAAUAAGCAUUAG